CGACCAUGAACAAUCAGGUCGGCUCCAAAACGAUGAUAACAUCUGCGGUAAACGUUGAACGUCAUCCCUCUGUCUCCAUGAUGGAUCCUCACUCGAGACCGGAGGACCGUAACUGUCCCAUCAAUCCACACCCACACCAUGAUUAUCGAAUAGCACUUUAUUACUGCUACCUUCCCAUUCCGACCAAAACCAUGGUGACCGAACAUGUGGACUUUCACAAUAUGAUUGGACAGCGCUACAGUUUGGGCGGAAGAGUUCGCAUCAGUCCUGAAGGACUCAAUGGAGUUCUGAGCGGGAAGCUGCAGGAUCUGAAACGGUACGCCUAUGAUCUCGAACAAGAAUUGGACCGGCUGCACUAUACAACAGAAAACCAACGCAAAUGGGACUUGGAUAUCAAAUAUUGCCUGCUCCGUGAAGAUAUUCCCGUGGAAGCACAAUUGUUUGCUAAUCUUGUGGCCAAAGCCACUAAGACUGUUAUUAGUUUAGUUGAUACGGACGAAUCACAGCAGCAGAGAAGCAAUCGUCGUCGAAAAUCCGAGCCGAACAAGGUACCAAACAAUCCGCACUUUGUCGCACAAAAUAUUCUGGAUCAAGGAUUGCAUCAGCACAAGCCAGCAACACAUCUAUCUCCGGGGGAAUGGGAUGAUUACUUGGGCGAAUUGACUGCCGCGAAUGAUCCAUCAAAAGUUAUAUUGCUGGAUUGUCGAAACGUGUACGAAAGUAAUGUUGGGCACUUCCUCGUGCCCCAGGCGUCGACCAUAUUGACCAAUACUCGCAAGUACGCUGAGCUACCCCACGUACUGCUUUCUCAGAGAGAUCGGCUCCUGCAAUCGGAUCAUAUUUUCAUGUAUUGCACGGGCGGUGUACGCUGCGAACGCGCUAGCGUCUUUUUACAAGCCAUGCUCGAAAAUCAAUGCAACGAGGAAGACUCUGACAGUCCGGGCGAAACAAAGAAGAAACCACAAAUUUAUCAAUUACACGGUGGCAUCCAACGCUAUCUCGAACAAGAAAAUCCUAGUCUUUACAAAGGCAAGAACUUUGUUUUUGAUCCGCGACGUACCGAUCCUAAGCACGACAACAGCACCGUAGGAACUUGUCUCUUGUGUCACCAGCCCCACGACGACUAUGACAACGGCCACGCCCCCGCAACCAACAAGGAAGCCCGCUGUUGGAAUUGUCGUAUCCUCAUUCUGGUCUGCGAUGACUGCCGUCAAACCGUGGCCUGUUCGAAUGAAGUUCACGACGAAGCUUUGCCCCGCAUGUAUUGUGGUGGCAAGGAAGAACGGUGUUUGCACGUUCCACCCGUUCGAAUUUUAAAUAGUGAACGCUGA